AUGGCAGACGCUAAAGUAGCAGCACCACCAAAGCCUUUACCUAUGCACUGGAACUUGGUUGCAGGUGCUAUCGCUGGUGUUUCUGAGAUUAUCACCAUGUAUCCACUUGAUGUCGUCAAGACACGAUUCCAACUACAAGUUGGACCAGAAGGAUACAAAUCGAUCGCUGAUGCAUUCAGCACCAUGGUGAAGAAUGAAGGGUUUGGUGUCUUGUACCGUGGAAUCAUCCCUCCCAUCAUGGUUGAAGCCCCGAAAAGAGCAAUUAAGUUUGGAGCAAAUGAAAAAUACGGUCAGCUAUACAAGGAACAUUUCGGUAUGAAGCCAGGACAAGCAAUGGCUAUUGCAACUGGUAUAAGUGCUGGAUGUACAGAGGCUAUGGUUGUCGUGUCGUUUGAUUUGGUCAAGAUUAGGUUACAAGAUAAGAACAAUGCUGGCAAAUACAAGAAUACAACAGAUGCUGUCGCCAAGAUUUUUGCAGAAGAAGGUUUCCUGGGCUUCUGGAAGGGUCUUGAAGCAACCUUAUGGCGUCACGCUUUAUGGAAUGGAGGAUACUUUGGCAGUAUCAACUAUGUCAGAGGAUUACUACCAAAAGCAGAAUCUAAACAAGGAACUUUGGUGAACAAUUUCGUGGCUGGUUCCAUUGGUGGUACUAUUGGUACCAUACUCAAUACACCAUUUGAUGUGGUCAAGUCUAGAGUCCAGAAUCAAGGACCAGGCAAAGCAGUCAAAUACAAUUGGGGAAUACCCGCACUAGGGAUCAUAGUGCGUGAAGAAGGUUUCAAGGCCUUGUACAAGGGCUUUGUUCCAAAAGUGCUCAGGCUGGGUCCUGGAGGUGGGAUCCUAUUGGUCGUGUUUGACUUUGUUUCUGACUUUAUUCGAAAGAAUCUUUUGUAA